GAAAAAGGGAACCCAGGACUACCUGGACCACCUGGACCCCCUGGAGCAAAAGGUGAUUGUCACAAAGGUGAAGCUGGACACCGUGGAAUUAGAGGCUGUCCUGGGCCCCUGGGGCGACCAGGAAUCGGAACCAUUGGUCCCAAGGGUAUUAUGGGACGGAAAGGCUUGCCUGGUCCACCUGGACUCCCUGGCAACAGCAUACAAGGAAGCAAGGGAGAAAAAGGAAAUCAAGGUCUUCAAGGACCGAAGGGAUCAAUAGGAAUUGGCCUUCCUGGACCAAAGGGAGACUAUAGAGAUAAAGGUGAUCCAGGGAGCAAAGGAGCCAAAGGAGAAAUUGGAGACUCAGGACCUCCAGGACCAAAGGGAACUUGGGGAAGAAAAGGUGAACCUCGUCUUAUGGAUUUCAACAGAACCUACAGUGGAAUAUGUAAAGCCUGCUGUUUCCAAUGGUAAGUGUUCAAAUGCUGGUGAAGCACUCUUCUGUGCUGGGAAAAAUUUCAGAUCCUCAGGUGUGAUUUUCAUAUGAUUUAUGAUUAAUCCCUGCAGACUGCUCACCUGGACUACAAAUCUAGGAUGAAUAUGGCCUCCAGUUUACAGCCACAUCCUCCACUUGAGAGAGAACAGUCAGAGAACAGACAUUUAACAGUACUACCAUAUUUAGUGUAACUUGAUUAA